GUACAUACAUAUAUAAAUACAUAUAUCUAUGCAUGUAUGAAUGUGUAACUACUUCUGUCAAUACAUAAAGAAAAUAUGAAGCUCUCUGACACAAUGGCUACACCAAUAGAAGAAAAACUCGAUCAGAACCUCAAGGUACGCACUGGUAUGGUCCAUGUCAGCGAUGGCAAAAGCAGACCGGAACCACUUAGACUUAACCUCACAAUGGAGCUGCUGUCGCUCCAAAAGUUAGAAAUCGUGACGCCAAGCAGUUGCCAUCCAAAUGGACCGCCCAUGGAAUCAAAGGAACGAAUGGUACAGAUCACGCGGCAGAAGCAGAGUGGCCUGGGACUGAGCAUAAAAGGUGGCGCCGAGCAUAAGCUACCAAUUUUGAUAUCGCGGAUCUACAAAGAUCAGGCGGCGGACAUCACGGGUCAGUUAUUUGUGGGCGAUGCCAUCAUCAAGGUGAAUGGGGAAUAUAUCACGGCCUGUCCCCAUGACGAUGCCGUCAAUAUAUUGAGAAAUGCCGGGGAUAUUGUGGUCCUCACAGUGAAGCACUAUCGGGCUGCCACGCCCUUUCUACAGAAGCAAUUAACCAAAGAUACACCUGACUCGGACAACGACGCCACCUGUGCCGAACUCAAGGCAGACGAGGGCUACAAGUCAUCCGUCAACAGUGGAACGAUCAGCCGCAGCUGCAGUCGCCCCAUGUCCAUUUGCUCCGAGCCGGAGAAGCGCUGGACCGAUGUAGUGGCAGUGCCCCUGAUGAUGGCCUAUGUGACGAGAUACAUUUACGGAACCGACAAGCUGCGACCCAAUGCCUUUGAAGUGCGUGGCCUGAACGGCGUCACCACGGGGGUCAUUCACUGCGAUGAAUUGGCUAUCCUCAGCCAAUGGCUCAAACUGAUCACCGACAAUGUGGUAGGCCUUACGCAUCUACAGAUGAAGCUGUACAAUCGAAACUUUGCGGUGGGCGAGCGUAUUGAGUACAUGGGCUGGGUGAACGAGGGAGUUAUCAACAACAAUAUAUCCUGGCAGAGCUACAAGCCCAGAUUUCUAUUGCUCAAAGGCACCGAAGUGAUGCUUUUCGAAACGCCACCAUUAAAUGUGGCUGGCAUCAGUAAGGCUUUGGUGGUCUACAAGGUGUAUCAGACCAUGUUCCGUAUUGUUAAGGAGUCCGAGACUGUAGACAGUCGCCAGCAUUGCUUUCUGCUGCAGAGUUCGGGGCACGAACCUCGCUAUCUGAGCGUGGAGACUCGCCAGGAGUUGCUGCGCAUCGAGAACAGCUGGAAUGCGGCCAUCGUGACCAGCGUCAUCAAAUUGGGCCGUAAGACCUUCGCAGUCUCGCAUCAUGGAAAGAGCGGCGGACUAACCUUGGACUGGCAGGCCGGAUUCUCUCUCACCGAGGGCGCCGAAUCCGCUGUCGUCUGGCACUACAAGUUCUCCCAACUGAGGGGCUCCAGCGAUGAUGGCAAGUCCAAGUUGAAGCUUCACUUUCAGGAUCACGAUAGUCGGGCAAUCGAAACCAAGGAGCUGGAGUGCCAGGUGCUGCAGAGUCUGCUUUUCUGCAUGCAUGCGUUCCUCACAGCCAAAGUGGCAUCAGUGGAUCCCGCAUUCUUGAGCUCAAUUCAGCAGACCUAAAUGCCUAAUCGAGGAACAAACAAAAGAUAAUUCACAUGGAUAUAAAUAUUCGUAAAGUGCAUAGCAAAUGAUUCGAAUAUGAGUGUUGGACUAAGUAUCAUAUACACAAUGUCGGACUGUACUUCUUAUAAACAAGUACGCGUAAAUGUGUUGAUUGGAAUGAUUGUAAUUGGAUAUAGAUAUUGAUAUAAAUAUGAAUACGGAUGAUAUGGAUAUACUUAUAGCGCUGAUAAAACUGAAAGUGAAAUCUCUUGGUGCAUUACAGUAACUUUUAAGCAUACAUAUAGUAAGGCAAUUACUUUAGGCAUUUUUCCUAUUACGUAGACUUCGUAAAUGACAAAUUAAUUAGAUGUUGAUAUUAUUUACCAGCGAUUGUUUCCAAUAUCUAGCCUUUAUAGUUGAAUUAAUUACCUUAUAAGUGACCCAGAGAUUGUCAGAGCCUUGCAGAGAUGAAAGCAAACCAAAGGUGGUUCACGUUCUUCGAUAAUUCUGCUCUUAUAGAUAGGAAUAUUUUGGCAAAGAAUGCAUUUAAAGUUCAGAUAUGCUUGCGUCAUCUUUUUUCUUCAAAGAAGCUUCUCAAUAGGGCCUCAAAGGCUUUAAUCCCUAAUUUAAUUUAAUUCUCUAGAAGUAAUUUUUCAAAAAUUCGAAAGAAAUCGAAUCGAAAUCGAAGAAAAUUCAAUUUUUUAUGUGCGCUCUAAAUGAAAAUUUAAUUUUCGAAACAAAAACAUACGAAUGCUUUAACAAUUGAUUGAAUGUUAUUUUCUACAAAAACAAAAACAAUAAGUAAUAGCAGAUAUCAUAAUAUAUAUAAUAUAUAUAUAUAUGUAUACAAUAUAUAACAUCCACCGAACAAAUCUCAAUGCACAGACAGUAAUACGAAUUAUGUAGAUUUUAUAACUGUUAUACGAAUACGAAUACGAUUACGAGUACAUAUGUUCACUCAGCCAGCUAAGUGAAUCCAUCCGACACUCACUUAGCGCAUUUGUCAAUUCAGAAAGUGUCUUUCAGCGGGAAGAUCGUAAUGGAACUACGAACGUACGAGUAUACAUAUGUGUUGCUUAUGGCAUAUCCAUACAUGUAAUGAUUUUAAGCGUUAUUGCACCACAGAUACGAUAUAUUUACGAAUUAGUUAGCGAAUCAUCGACAAAGCACAAAACAUACUCUCAGACAGACACAAAUACACUCAAAUAUCAGGAUACCCAAUGUCCCCCCAAAUAUAACCGCAAAAAAACAACAAAUGUACGAAUAUCUAAUGCCACAAAUAUAUAUCUUUGUAUAUUCCGAUGAAGAGUCGCAUCUGAAUAAUCAGAAACAACAAAUAUUUAUUGUACAUAUGUCAGCUGCUUAGAAUCCGAUCUAUAUCCUCCACAUAAACUAUGCCAUAACUCGAGAUAUUUACAUAAAGAAAAGAAAAAUCAAACAAUAUCAAUCAAAAUAGAUGCACCAUAAACCUAAACCUAAACCUAAACUUAAAGAAAACCAAACAAAACCCGACCAACAUACAUACGUAAUCCGCAUUACACCGCAAAAUACCGUCAAUAUCAAAUACUCGUACUAGGGUGGACAGAUGCAGAUCUGCCUUAACCAAAACAACUAAUCGUACACAUGCAUAUUGUAUAUUUUUAAUGCCCAGGCUUACAUAUGUAUGGAAUAAUGCCCAUCAUUCAUAUACAUAUAAACGAUAAUAUUUACCCAAAAAGAGCAAGGAACUGCGCUGCUUGAUACAUGUCAUCCAUAAAGCCACCAUUUGAGUUGGUUCUGUUACGGUUAUCUAUUUACUUUCACGCGUUACUAAGUUAAUUAAUUGUACAACAAAAAUCGAAAUGCAUUCAAAUUGAAAUAAAAGCCCCAAAAUAUCUAAA